GAUUCGAAAUAGAAAGAUGUUCUGGUAAAAAGUCGGUUUUUGCUACAAACUCUCUCCUUUCUCCAAAGAUAUAGGACUCUCUCUCUCUCUCAAAACAGCACUGAAAUUCGAGAAAUGGACGAUGAGUAUGAAAAGCUACUCAGGAGGAUGAACUCACCAAGGGUUGUGAUUGACAACGAUGCUUGCGAGAAUGCAACUGUUAUUCAGGUUGACAGUGUUAAUAAACAUGGAAUCCUCCUUGAAUUUGUUCAGUUUCUCACAGAUCUUAAUCUUAUUAUAAUCAAAGCAUACAUAUCUUCUGAUGGGGGAUGGUUCAUGGAUGUGUUUAAUGUGACCGAUCACAACGGGAAGAAACUCAAAGAUGAAGGGAUCAUCAAUUACAUAAAAAGGUCUCUUGAAACGGACUCUUGCUUCUUGCCCUCGUUGAAUUCUUCUGUUGGUGUGGUGCCUUCCAAAGAGCACACUUCGAUCGAGCUCACAGGCACCGACAGGCCCGGGCUACUGUCUGAAGUAUGUGCAGUGCUCACCGAUCUUGGAUGUCAUGUGGUGAAAGCCGAGGUCUGGACUCAUAAUGCCAGAGCUGCAGCGGUGGUCCGUGUCACAGAUGAGUCGACAGGGUCUGCCAUCGAGGACCCAAAUCGGUUUACCACAAUCAAGGAACUCUUGUGCAAUGUACUAAAAGGCAACAAUGAUCCAAGAACUGCCAAAAUGACGGUUUCAUUGGGGCUGACCCAUACUGAGAGAAGGCUGCAUCAGAUGAUGUUUGCUGAUAGGGACUUUGAAAGAGUUGGCGGGCCGGACAGAGCUGACAAUAAGAACUCAAGAACCCAUGUUGCUCUGUUGGAUUGCUUCGAGAAGGAUUACACUGUGGUUACAAUGAAGUCCAAGGAUCGGCCAAAGCUGCUUUUUGAUACCGUCUGUACUCUAACAGACAUGCAAUAUGUGGUGUUUCAUGGAACGGUCAACACAGGAAGGAUGGAAGCUUAUCAGGAAUACUACAUCAGGCACGUCGAUGGGCUCCCUAUAAGUUCAGAAGCAGAGCGACAGCGUGUGACACGAUGUCUUGAAGCGGCCGUCGAGAGGCGGGCCUCAGAGGGACUGGAGCUUGAAUUGUGCACUGACGAUCGAGUCGGUCUUCUUUCGGACAUCACCAGGAUAUUCCGUGAAAAUGGUUUGUGUAUCCGGCGAGCGGAGAUCUCAACAAAGGGAGGCAAGGCCAUGGACACCUUCUACGUCACAGAUGUGUCCGGCAACCCCGUUGAAGCCAGUACCAUCGAUUCAAUCCGUCAGCAGAUCGGCCACAAUAUCCUGAGGGUAAAACAGAAUCUGUUCUUCUCUCCUGAGCCACCCCAAGAAACAGCCACCAGCUUCCUCUUCUCCAACUUCUUUAAAGCCCGUUCACUUCAGAAUUUCAGAUUGAUCAGGUCCUACUCAUGAUCACAUCUUCGCAUGAUUACAAAAAGAAUAUAAAUAUGAAAAGAAAGAUAAAAAAAUCAGAUGUUCAUACAUGUGUAGUACAUUGUAAAUAGACUGGCAGCUCUAUUCCCCCAGAGGGUCCAUUCCCUUGGCCAAAUCACGACACGGAUGAUCUGAACCAUCCAAUGGAAGAAAACUAACCAACAUUCCAUCUUCAAUCAGAAAGGUCCAACGGUUAUUGUUGUUAAAUCAGUGUGAUUCUCAUACAGCCAACCAUCUAUCGAACAGUCAGGAUCAUCUGGACCGCAGAUCCUCAAACACGACUAUGAUAAUCUCAUCAUAGAAAUUCAGGAACAACCCAAUAUACUGUAAUUACUCGAGGGUGUCUGUUAUUUUACUUGUUUGGCUCUAUAAUUAAACUGUGUACAGAAAGAGAUUUGUUACAUGGGCUGUAUAGACAUUUUGUACAGAUUACUGGUAUUUUAUAAUUUAAAUAGUGUAAAUUCUCUGUAA